GCCAAAUGCUCCAAUCGAUCGAUCAGAGCUCCAAAUCAGUAAGAGACAGCUAGGUAGGUACCAGCAAAAUUACCACUAAUAUAACUACGAGAAUUAGCAAAAUUUGAUUAGCAAUGAGAAUGAGAGGCAGUAGGAUUGCUCUCCUGCUGCUGAUGCUCCUGCAGUGCGGCGGCUUGCCGGGGAUCGCCGUCGGCAGGUGCGUCGUCUUCAACUUCGGCGACUCCAACUCCGACACGGGCUCCCUCCCCGCCGCCUUCGGCUUCUACCUCGGCCCUCCCGCCGGCCGCCGCUUCUUCCACCGCCAAACCGGCCGCUGGUCCGACGGCCGCCUCUACAUCGACUUUAUCGCUGAGAAGCUCAAGAUCAGCUACCUGAGCCCGUACAUGGAGUCGUCGGGCUCCGACUUCACCUCCGGCGUCAACUUCGCGGUGGCCGGAGCGGCGGUGACGCAGAAGAGCGCCAUCCCGCUCGGCCUCGACACGCAGGUCAACCAGUUCCUCCACUUCAAGAACCGCACCCGCGAGCUCCGGCCGCGCGGCGCCGGCUCCAUGAUCGCCGAGAGCGAGUUCCGCGACGCCGUCUACGCCAUCGACAUCGGCCAGAACGACAUCACGCUCGCGUUCCUCGCCAACCUCACGCUGCCCGAGGUCGAGCGGGAGCUCGCCGCCUCCGCCGCCAUGGUCGCCGACGCCGUCCGCGCGCUGCGCGCGAGCGGCGCCCGCAAGUUCUGGGUGUACAACACGGGGCCCAUCGGCUGCCUCCCCCAAACGCUGGCGCUGCGGCAGAAGCCCGGCGACGAGCUCGACGCCGCCGGCUGCCUCGCCGAGUACAACGCCGCGGCGAGGUCGUUCAACGCCGAGCUCGCCGCCGCGUGCCGACGCCUCGCCGCGGAGCUCGGCGGCGGCGAGGACGGCGCCACGGUGGUGUGCACCGACAUGUACGCGAUCAAGUACGAGCUGUUCGCCAACCACAGCAGGUACGGCUUCGAGCGGCCGCUGAUGGCGUGCUGCGGCCAUGGCGGGCCGCCGUACAACUACGCCAACCUCAAGACGUGCGGGCAGCCGACGGCGACGGCGUGCCCGGAGGGGGAGAGGCACGUCAUCUGGGACGGCGUGCACUACACGGAGGACGCCAACGCCAUCGUCGCCCGCAAGAUACUCUCCGGCGACUUCUCCUCGCCGCGCACCAAGCUCAAGGCGCUCUGCAAGUGAUGAAGAAGACUUCUGCACCGACGACCAAAUUAAUUAAGUUGAUAAUUAACCGAGGUUGCAUGUUAACCUGUGAUUAAUUAAGAAAUUAAUUAGAUGAAUAAAAUGACUGGAAUUUGCUUUCGGUCACAAUAAAAUGCGAACAAUCUCGAUUCAUA